CUGACGCGGCCUCUUUGCCAGUCAUUCCAACGGGAGCCAAGGGAGCAUCAUGGGGGAGGAGGAGCAGUAUCCCGUCGAGCUUUAUGUCUACGACUUGUCGAAUGGCCUCGCGCGUGGUCUGUCGCAGCAGCUGACCGGAAGGCAGUUUGAUGCAAUCUACCACACCAGCAUCGUCGUCCACAACAUUGAGUGGUUCUACGGCCAGGGCAUUGCCAAUGCCGCCCCUGGCCGGACUCAUCACGGCUCCCCGAUUGAGCAAAUACCGCUCGGGACCACGUCAAUCGACCGAGAUACAAUCAAGGAAAUCAUAGGGCAUCUAUCGGACACGUACACCGCCCAAGCCUAUCACCUGCUCAACUUCAAUUGCAACACAUUCUCCAAUGAGCUGUCCAACAUCCUUGUUGGUCAGAAUAUUCCCGAGCGCAUCACCAAUCUGCCACAGGACUUUCUCUCUACUCCCUUUGGCCAGAUGAUGGCGCCACAGAUCGACGCCAUGUUUCGAGGUCCGGCGCAACAACCAGCAAUGGGUGCUGGGCCCUCGGCGCCCGCCAAUCCAGCGGCUGCCGGCAUCCUCAACCACGUCGCCCAGAGCGCAUACAAACACCCGCCGCAACAGUCGUCUCAGAACGGCAACAAACAGCCGACUUUCCAGCGGAUCUCGACCGUUUCGCAACUCAAGACCGUUACGCAGAAUACUCCCUGCGCCGUGGUGCUCUUCACAGCCCCCGAGACGUGCCCGCCGUGCCGGGUCCUGCAGCCGAUCUUUGAAGAAGUGACCGACAAGUAUGUGUCUGCGCGAGAUGGUCGAAACAUCGCCUUUGCGGUUGUCGAUUCGAGCCCCCUCUCCGCUGGGCUCAUGUCGGAACGCAAGAUCCAUGCCACACCCACCCUCCAAUUCUUUGUCCACGGCAGCCAGAUCGACGAAGUCAAAGGUGCGCCCGGCCGACAGAAGCUCGAGGAUUCCAUCGAGUCGACGUUGUGGCAGGUCUACCGGCCCCACCCACACUCAAAGCUCGCUGGACCUGAAUCAAGAGUACCUAGCCAAGCCAUCUUGUUCAAGAACGCACCCAAUUAUACCGCCGCCGUGGCGAAGCUCGACGAGGCCCUGAGCACCUACAAGGCAAAGAGCUUUGACGAGAAGGCCGACCUGCAAGAGGCUCGCGCGGCCCUCGUCAAGACGCUCGUCGCCUCGCUCAAGGACGCGCGCGCCCUCAACGAGGAAGAGGUCGACAAGAGCGCAAAGGCAAUCGAGACGCUACUCGGCAAGAUUGACAUCUCCAAGGUCUUUCCUGCUGUUGACUUUCUCAGAGUGGCCAUCCUAGACCCGUCUUUCUGUGCCAAGCUCGCAAGCAGGAGAAAAGCAGUCGUGUCUGCCCUGCUGGACAAGGUGCGUGAAACGAUGGAGCAGGGUGCGACGAUGCGGGCAACGCUCUUGACGACGUACCGCUUCAUCGGGAAUGCACUGGCUUCCGACAGCAUCGCUCCUCUCCUCAAGGGAGAAGCUCUCAUGCCCCUCCUCGUCUUUGGCCUGCUGCACGACGAUGCGAAUGUCCGUGGAGGUGCCGUCAGCGCGACGUUCAAUCUCGCGUUGGAUGUCUCGCGGCGGCGCAGAGGCUCGACGUUUGUCAGGACAGACGGAUCCACAGCGGACGUCGAUGCCGGUCUGCGGACGGACGAGGAAGUCGAGCUCGUAUGUGCUCUUCUAGAGAGUGCCGAGAAGGAGGCAGAUGAAGAGAAGCUACAUCGCUCUUCGGCGGCACUCAAUUUGCUCCUCUACCUCUCGCCGAGCUGGAAUGCGAGCCUGGGAAGCCUCAUGGACGUCCUCGAGGCUGGUCCAAAGCUGCGCACCAAGGCCGCAGGGCUAGCAAAGCAGGCUGCAGGAGACGUAGAGGCCAGAAAGAAGCGAGAAGACGUCAAGGCGCUCUUAGAGACUUGCGCAAAGCUGUGCGAGGCACAGCCACCGUCUUGAAUGGAUAGAGAAUCUGUAAUCGC